AGCUUGCAUUGAGAAAUUAAUCAUGUACCAUGCAUUGAUCGAGCACAGGGAAGACACAGAGAAAAGCUAGAAUUUUCGAUCGAGGAGGCUAUAUACUCGAUCGAUCCAUACAGCUAGCUAGUAUCGAAUAAGCCACAGUUGCAGAGAUGGCAGGACAGGCCAAGCCAUCCGCCCUACAGCUGAGCACCUUCACUAAGGUGACGUCCAUCCCGAGGGAGAAGAGCUACACCGACCUUCCGGUGACCGUGUGCGUGAAUGCGGCGCCGGCGGAGAUGACGACGACGACGCUCCACGAGCGUGCCCCGGUGGACGUCGUGGCGGUGCUCGACGUCAGCGGCAGCAUGGCCUGGGACUACGGCAACGGCACCACCGUGGAGAACCACAGGUUGGAACUGGCGAAAGAAGCCAUGGCGAAAGCCAUCCAGAGUCUGGGCCCUGCGGCGGCGGCAGUGGCCGCCGGUGGCGCUCGCCGGAACCGCCUCGCCGUCGUGCCCUUCAGUAACGUGGUGAAACAGGUCACACCACUUACGGAAAUGGACAUGGAAGGCCAACAAACCGUCAAAAAUGCCGUGGAUGCGCUCAAACCAGGGGGUCAGGCUGACUAUUUGAUGCCCUUGAAAAUAGCCGCAAAGAUCCUAGAUGAGCGUAAGGCAGAGGAGAAGGACCGAUUGGCCAUCAUCAUCUUCGUCUCCGAUGGACAGGACCACUAUUUCAGAGACACCGACGACAUGAAGGAGACGCUGACCCAACAUAAACUAAUAAAGUACCCAAUCCACGCCUUCGGUGUGUCGGUGUCGGAACAAGACAGCAGCGGCGGCGGCGCCAAAGCCCUACGAGCCAUGGCCGACGCCACCUCUGGAAGCUACACGUCCAUCACCCAAGACGACGACGUCGACACCAUGGCCGUCGCCGAGAAGCUGGCCCAGCUCUCCGACAAGCCCACGUCCAUCGUCGCCGUCGACGUGAACAUCCACCUCAGAUCGCUGCACCCCGGGGUGUCUCUGUUGAGGAUAGAGUCGUCGUCGUCGUCGUCGGCGGCGGCGGCAGCCGACGAUCACAAGAGCGAGAUAGGCGAUGACAAACAGUCCGCCGAGAUCACCAUGAGCACCAUCUCCUCGGGCGAAGAGAGGAAGUUCACCGUCUACUUGAACGUGCCGGAAGGCGGCCAGCAGAAGGGUAACGACGACGGCGGCGGUGUGACGACGAUGGAGCUGCUGGCGGUGGGCGGAAGCUAUAAGCAGAGCUGGGUCGACGACCAGGAGCAGGUGGCGCUCGGCGAGUCUGUCGUCACCGUCGCAAGGCCGCCGCCGCCGCCGCCGUCGACGAGCAGCUGCAAGGAGCUUGAGUGGAUCGAGGAGCGAGUGGAGUACUGGCACAAGGUGAAGCUGGAUCUGUCGGCGAUGUACGACAAGGCGGAGGAGGAGGCAGCAGGGGCGGUGAAAUUCCAAGUCACGGAGGCCCUACGGCAGGCAUCGGUGGAGGCCAUCGACAGAGCCAUGCACCACGACAUAUAUACAGCCACACUGGUUGCUAUCAAGCUCAGGCACUGCGGCACCGGCAGCACGAAAAGUGGAUGAGAUGGAGGGACAGGCAGCAAGCAUCUUUCAUGCUGGGGGUUCAUAAUUGCAUGCAUGCAUGCAUGCAUGGCCUAUUAAGAUGAGUAUAUGCAUGGAAGGACUGUUGUAUAACAAGGUCGAGCGAAUGGAGAAGUCCACAACGGCAUGCGGCCGCAUGCCUUAUCUUGCACCAUCAAACGUGCUCUAAGAUUCGUGCGUUGGUCAACUGGAUUUCCCACCCCUCUCAUUCCCUCUCCUUUCCCAUAUACGCAGGAAUCCCCUUCUUUGUACCUGCUCUUCUAUUAUUGAAUCCCUUCUCUGUACCUAUCUCUCAAUAAGCGCCUCUCUCUCUCUCUC